AUGGCCCUGGUGCCAAAGUACAGGGUCAGGAAGAGGCCUCGGCGAGAGUCAAGCGAUGGCUUCUCUGUCGAGGAGAUGUCUCCGGAUGACAUGGGCUACGAUGGAGAUAUCGAAGUCCUCCAUCCGGACCAGUAUGAAGAACCCGAAUCCGAGUUCGAAGAUGAAGCACUUAAGAAGCUAUGGCCCGACACCGACGACGAGCUUGCCAGCAGGUUACGACGGCUCUCGUGCGAGCGUCAACCCAAGAGCGCCCAUCGAGGGGAUUACGCAUACGAUCGAGGGCGAAAACGCCUUUCGACAGAGAUGGAUGAUGACGAGGACGAGAGCCCGGCACUCGACGCGACAGAAAUCGAGAUUUCUGAACUGGUCGACGGGCACGCCGCACAGCCGCCGAUGAAACGGAGGCGAAAGAGGAGCGAACGGACGCCUCUGGGGCAGCGGGUUGUGAAGAGACAGGCACAAGAAGCAUGGACAGACAGCUCGGACAAGUCGGAGGAUGCGGCGCUCGAAUCUUCAAACUCUCCCAGCACGCCCGAGCGCACCACGACACCAUCCAAACCUCGCGGGCCCGACGACAGUGACGCGAUGGAGAUCGGAUGA